AUGAAGGCGCUGCGGGCGGCCGUGUCCGGCUCGCGCGUGCGCUUCAUGCAGGACGGCUUCGACCUGGACCUGACGUACAUCACGCCCAAGCUCAUCGCCAUGGGCUACCCGGCCUCGGGCGUCGAGAAGACGUACCGCAACGACAUCAACGAGGUGGCCAGCCUGCUCAACUCGCGGCACCCGAACGCCUACCGCGUGUACAACCUGAGCGAGCGCAGCUACGACUACAGCAAGUUCGAGGGCCGCGUGAGCGAGUGCGGCUUCCCGGACCACCACCCGCCGCCGCUGCAGCUGCUGCUGGACAUCAUGAACGACAUGAUCGAGUGGGUGGCCAAGAGCCCCAAGCACGUCAUCGUGGUGCACUGCCUGGCCGGCAAGGGCCGCACGGGCGUCGUGUGCUCGUGCUACUUGCUGCUCACGGGCUACUACGGCAGCGUCUUCAAGCUGCGCAAGGAGCGCGAGCUGCGCGAGCUCGCCAACUCGAGCAUUCGCGACUUCUGGAACGCCAGGGGCCAGGGCGUGCGCUUCCCCAGCCAGGCGCUGUAUAUUUAUUACUUCAUCAAGGUGCUGAGAAGGCUGGGGCGCAUGCCCACGCAGAUCCCGCCGCUGCGGCCGGCCAAGAAGAUGUUCCUGCGCAGCAUCGUGCUCAAUGGGGUGCCGGACUUCGAGGCUCCUCCAAGAGGAGGGUGCACGCCCUUCCUGCAGGUUUUGCCGGCGCCUUCGCAGCACAAACAGCCCCAUUUGCUGUACAACAGCUCGUGGCAAAGACCCAAGUUCGAGACGUACAUGGCGGACCCGAAUGGGUCCAUUAUCUUCGAGGUGAAUGCGGAGGUGCAGGGCGACGUGCUGGUGAGGUGCUUCCAUGCUAACACCACCAACAUUUUGGGCAAGCACAUGGUCAAGAUGUUCCACUUCACGUUCAACACCGACUUCUUCCACAAUUACAGCAACUUGUAUCGACUGCCGAAGGUGGAAGUGGAUGAAGCUACGGGCAACCAGCGGUACCCGGACAACUUUCAGGUGGUGUGUCACGUGGAAAUGCUGGAUAGGGAUGGAAAUCCGUUCCCCCCGAAGUCCGCGUCGUCGUCGUCCAUUUUGCAGUCAGGAAGCAGCAGCAGCAUCCGUGACGAUGAGGUGGAGCAAGUGAGGACGAUUCGACCGCAGUCGGCGCCGCAACAGCGUCGAAUGACGGUGCCGUCGCACCAGCCCUGCUACGAUAAGCAACUCCAAACCCAGGCUUCUUUUCGCCCAGAGGAAUCAACCCCAACUAUGCAAGGCUGGCUCUACAAGCAGGGUGGUUUUGUCAAGAACUGGAAGAAGCGAUGGUUCGUGGCUCGUGAGGGCAAGAUGAUGUAUUACCACGGCAUGUCGGAUGCUACGCCUCUAGGUGUCGUGAACUUGCGGCGUGUGACUGUGGAAAUCUGCGAAGCCCAUGAAGUGAACGCGCGGAAUAAGUGCUUGCACUUCUUCAAGGUGGUCCCUCCUAGUGCCGGUCAGCGUACAUACUUUUUCGGGGCCGAGACCGAGGCUGAUUUAGUGGGUUGGAUACACGUCCUUGGGGCUCAGUCCGCCUAUGGUAUCGUUAAUGGUGUCUUGACGCGACGACCCUCUAUGCCUCGUAACAAUACGUUCGCUACAAGAUCGUCGUACCAGCAGGAGCAUCAGCCCCGAAGUCGUGCUGUGGAUCGCAUUCGUCCAAGCAGCGAUGGCAGCAGAAGUUACCACUCGAACGACACGAGGGCUUCGAUGCCGUCGAUGGUUUCGUCUGCACCGGCGUCCGCGUUUAAUACUUUGCACGACGUACGCGCGUCGGCGCAAUUUAACGCCACAGAGCUUGCGUUCCAUCUUCCCAGUGAAGAUAGCAUACGGCCAGAGCCGUCAGAAGGAGGUGGAGCAAACUCCAAUAGCUCCGGGAGACGUGAAAGUAUGCCGAGUGACUUUACAGGAGCUGCGCAGCGUGCGCUUGAGAUGCGGUCGCUGUCGUUCACGGAUUACGACGAACAGGAGGGCGACCGCUUGUCGUCCACUUCAGCUUCUGCGCUGCCCCAAUGCGUGCCAGCAGAGCCUGUGGCUGAUUUGGCGAAUACUCUCUCAGCGCGAGAGCAGGAAUCGCUGCUGCAAGAAGUCAACGGAUUCGAGGCAGGGAUUUACAUCUACUCGGCAGACGAGCUCCUGGAAGCCGCGCAGUUGCAGAAGUACAUGCGCGAGACACGCGGUGCCAGCACUCGCACCGGGAGCGAUCCUGAUCCCGAUCCGGAUCCAGCGCUAUCUGCUGCGUACGGGCUCAAGGACUCGCCUCCCGGUACGCUGAGUCGCCAGCUUCACCAGUACAUGGUGCAGAAGCGUCUGGGCGAAGCCGAGCAAUUGUUGACGGAGCUUGUGUUGACCAAAUUCCCGACACUCAUCGAUGCGAUGGACCACGACCCACUGGCGUUUACUCAGCUGAUCGCAGGCGGAGACAUUUCUCUAGCUAGUCACAGGCUACACGAGCAGGAAAGCGCGACUCCAGCAGUAAGGCAGGACUCGAAUGGCCACCGUCGAGCUGUUUUCUUCUAGACUACAGUGUAGGAGAUAGUGGGGAUAGUGAAGAUAGUCUAAGGUAUCACUAACGGGCUUGUUGCUAGAAUGAAGAACGUAGAUUG